CCCAUUAGUUUCUUCAUUUCAUUAUUCCAUUAUUUCCAAUUAAUUAUAAUAUUUUAUCUUUAAUGAAUCAUGAUUCCAGCCCAUCUUUGCCAAACUACAACGAGUUACCCAAAUAGCGGCUGUAGCAGUGUAGCCUAUACUUUUAGCCAUCCACCGAAGAACUUCAAAACUGAGCACGAUCUAGCAACUUGAUCACUCUCUGAAUGCAUCAUCAUCUAUUGUAGUAAGAUCUUUCUCGUAUUUACGAUUCCUGUCAUACUAAAACCCAUCAUUCGUGUACUUCGGUGUCCCCAAAUGAUUGUUUGACAACAUGCCUACAAACUGUUUGAUGAAAUGUCUGAAAGAAAGAAGAUCUUUUAUACCAGGCACCAAGAUAUCCAGUUUUCACCUGAGUACCUCCGAUAGACUUAUGGGGUAGUUUUGAAAAACAUUCGUGGGUAUUUGCGACAUGGCGAUGAGAAGCAAAGCAAUUAUCAAAUGGCCAAAACAAGUAACAACAUCUCUAGUUGAACAACUGAUUAAAGCUGAACGGAAUGUAGAAAAAGCUGUCAUCGUUUUUGAUUCUGCAUCAGCAGAGUACGCUAAUGGCUUCCGCCAUGACCACACCACUUACUCCCUCAUCAUCUCCAAGCUCUUAUCUGUCAAUCAGUUCACAAGAGCAGAAGAUUUCAUCGACAGAAUGACAAAAGAAUCCUGUAAAGUCACCGAAGACAUACUUUUAUCAAUAUGCAGAGCUUAUGGACGCGUCCAUAAACCUCAUGAUGUCAUGAGAAUUUUCCAGAAGAUAUCUGAACCCACAUUGAAAGCUUACGUCACUGUCUUCUCCAUUCUCGUUGAUGAAAACCAGUUGAAAGUCGCCUUCAAGUUCUACAGGUACAUGAGACAGUUAGGCUUCCCUCCAAAUCUCCCUUCACUUAAUGUCUUAAUCAAAGCUCUUUCCAAGAACAUCUCCACCAUUGAUUCAGCCAUUAACAUCUUUCGUGAGAUGCCCAAACAUGGGUGUACCCCAGAUACAUACACAUACGGGACUUUAAUCAAUGGGUUAUGUAAAUUAUCAAAAAUUAAAGAAGCCAAAGAGCUUUUUAAAGAAAUGGAAACAAAAGGUUGUUCUCCAAGUGUUGUCACCUACACUAGCUUAAUCCAUGGAUUAGCCCAAAACAAUUUAGAUGAAGCUUUGGCUCUUUUUCAAGAAAUGGAAGCUAAAACUAUAACCCCUAAUGUAUACACCUACAGCUCUAUUAUAAAUGGGCUAUGUAAGAAUGGGCGUAGUUUGGAGGCUAUGGAGAUUUUGGAGGGUAUGAUUGUCAAACGACAUAAACCCAACAUGGUAACUUAUAGCACUUUACUUCAUGGAUUAUGUAAAGAGAAAAAGAUUCGGGAAUCUUUGGAGAUAUUUGAUAGGAUGAAGGUUCAUGGGUUGAAACCAGAUGCAGGAUUGUAUUGGAAGAUGAUUGAGGUGUUUUGUGAUGAUGGGAAGUUUGAUAAAGCUGCAAACUUUCUUGAUGAAAUGGUGUUUGAAGGGAUUCCUAUAAAGAGAGUGACUUGGGGUGUUCAUGUUAAGAUACAUAAUACUGUGGUGAGAGGUCUUUGUAGGGGUAAUGAUGGAAAUAGAGGGUUUCAAGCUUAUUGUAGGAUGCGAGGUAAGGGGAUUUGUGUUGAUGUUGAAACUUUUGAGGUUCUUGUUGGUUUCUAUUGUGAGAAACGUGAUCUUGAGAAGGCGAUUAGGGUUUUUGAUGACAUGGUUGUUGAUGGAUGUGUUCUUGAAGAAGAUACAUGGAGUGAUUUGGUUUGUAGAGUUUUGGGGAAACAAAAUGUGCAAGAAGCUGUUGAAUUGAUGAGUAAACUUGUUGUGUUUGGAAAUCAAGUUUGACAUAAGUCAUCUAAUCCUUUAUAAUUACUUAUUUUAAUCAUAUGUAUGCUCAUUAUCUCGGAUAUAAGCUUAAUGAUGUAAUUUAAGUAUGGGGUGUGUAACGACUAACUCAAGUAUCGUAUAA